AUGAAUAUUAAUGUAAGUUUGGAUGAUAAUCAAGACCUCCAAAAUAUAAGUAAUAUUUUAGUAAAAUUAAUAAAAAAAUGUACGGUAUAUUUAUCGGCCAAUGAUGACGAGCUACUGAAACAAAAAAUAAGCGAUUUGAACGGAUUGUAUGCAAUGUGGAUUAAUGAUACUGACGACGAUUAUUCGGCCGACGUGUACGCGGCCGUCGCGGGAAUGUUCGCGGCCAACGUGUUCCGGCCGCUGCCGCCCUCGUCGUACGCGGCGGCCGACGACGACGAGUGCGGCGCGGACGUCGGCGCCGCCGUAGUCGGCUCCGGCGCCGGACAAGACGCCGUCGCGGCCGCCGCAGUCGAGUUCCAGCAGACGGCCAUGGCGUACCAGGCGUUCCGGGCGUUCGUGGACCGGCUGGCGUUCGACGGCCACGCGGCCGGCCCGCACAUGGGACGGCGAUUCGCGGGCGGCCUGGCGCACCGGCUGAACGCGGCCGACGUGAACGAGCGGCUGACGGCCCGCGACACGAUGAUCCGCGUCCGGGAAACGUGCCCGUCCGCCCGGGCCGGCGUGCUGGACGCGGCCGUCGACGAGCUGGCCGACUUCGCGUACGGGUACGUGCCGCGGCACAACGGCGUCCUCGAGCUGCUCGACCUGAUCGCCGACACGGUGGUCUACACGGACGUCGACCGGCCGGCCGUCGAAAAGUUAUCCAGAGUUUUGUUACGUUUACUCAAACACCAACACCUAUUUUCAUUCAAGUCCAAGCUAAUAGAAUGUAUAAAAGCUUUAGAUAGUCUAAACGAAGAGUUGAUUCCUGGAGCGUUAAUAUUCAUCAUGGACAUCUGGAAGAGUCAUAAAGUGAAAACCAUUGUUUUGCUGCGCACAAUGAUUGAGUUGUACGACUGGUGCAACAAAGAAAAAUGGAUGAAAUUGCAGUUGUUGGUCGUGAGCCACUUAUCCAAAUUUUUCAGCGAUUACGAUUUUCAGCUAGCCGAGGAAUCUAUGAACUUUUGGAUUCGAAUUCUGCACGAAAACCUUAAAUAUUGGCAAGAGAGGACAGAUAAUAUCAGAGUCGUCGUGAACGCAUUGAAAAAAGUGACGCGAACUCAUUGGAACUCGGAUUGUGUGAAAAUGGCAAAAAACUUGUUAAACAUAAUGGUUAUGAAAAAUGUGAUAAAAAACAGUUGUGUGGAAGAUCCGGAGGAGACGUUCCAGGAAGGGAAAUCUAAAGUGAUAAAUUAUUGUGACUACAUAUCCCAGAAAAUGCUAAAACCACUGAUAAAUCCUUCGAAAUCAACUGUUUAG